AAGUUCAUUUACUACAAAGGAGCUAAUAAUAAGCUAAGACCGACUAUCUUCUUCUUUAUACCUAUAAAAGGGCUCAUUUUCUAUACCGUUAGUAUUAUUAUUACUCUAGCGCUCUAUAACUAG